UGGCUGCCUGCUCUGACUGCUCCAGUGUCUGUCCCGCACACACCGUCGUAGAGGCCAGCAUAGGCACUCCAGACUCCAGCCCCUCCAGGUGUCUGCUUAAACCCAGGACUUCUCUCGCCCUACGGACAUCCAACCCUCCGGCGCAGCCAUGACUGACCAAGCAGGCUUUGACACCAAUGUCAAUACCCUGACCCGCUUCGUCAUGGAAGAGGGCAGGAAAGCCAAGGGGACCGGCGAGAUGACCCAGUUGCUUAACAGCCUCUGCACUGCUGUCAAAGCCAUCUCCUCUGCCGUGCGGAAAGCAGGCAUAGCCAAUCUCUAUGGAAUUGCUGGCUCUACCAAUGUCACUGGUGAUCAAGUCAAGAAACUGGAUGUCCUCUCCAAUGACCUCGUUAUUAACAUGCUAAAGUCAUCCUUUGCUACAUGUGUUCUUGUGUCAGAAGAAAAUAAACAUGCUAUAAUCGUAGAACCCGAAAAAAGGGGUAAAUAUGUGGUCUGUUUUGAUCCUCUGGAUGGCUCUUCCAACAUUGACUGCCUUGUAUCCAUUGGAACUAUUUUUGGCAUCUACAGAAAGAAUUCAUCUGAGGAGCCUUCUGAGAAGGAUGCUCUGCAGCCUGGUCGGAAUCUAGUAGCUGCUGGGUAUGCACUCUAUGGUAGUGCCACGAUGUUAGUUCUGGCUAUGGCCUGUGGAGUCAACUGCUUUAUGUUGGAUCCGGCUAUUGGAGAAUUCAUUUUGGUUGACAGAGAUGUGAAAAUAAAAAAGAAAGGUAAUAUCUACAGUCUUAAUGAGGGCUAUGCCAAGGACUUUGAUCCUGCAGUCACAGAGUAUAUCCAGAGGAAGAAAUUUCCCCAGGAUAACGCAGCUCCCUAUGGUGCAAGAUACGUGGGUUCUAUGGUGGCAGAUGUGCACCGAACACUGGUGUAUGGAGGAAUCUUUUUGUAUCCAGCCAACAAAAAGAGCCCCAAAGGAAAGCUGAGACUCCUGUAUGAAUGUAACCCAAUGGCUUUUGUCAUAGAAAGAGCUGGGGGACUGGCUACCACGGGAAGUAAAAAUGUUCUGGACAUCCUUCCUACUGACAUCCAUGAGAGAGCACCAGUGAUUCUGGGGUCCCCCGAUGAUGUGAAUGAGUUCCUAGAGAUUUACAAGAAGCAUGCUGGGAAGUGAAGAGUUCGUCUUCCCUCACAGGCUGGCACAUCAAAAAGAAAAAGACCAAAGAUUAUAUUGCACUCUGUGAAUGGUUCAACUUCCAGAGCAGAACAACACCAAAGCACUUUUUAUUUCCCACAAUCCUUUUGCUAUACCAAAUGCUGUAUGGUGCUUUGGGUAACCUAACCAAGAUGCAGUUUCUAUAGUACCACAAAUGCUGAAGAUAUUUUGAGAAGUAGGGGAGCAAAAGAGGAAAUAAAAUCAUUCUUCCGUUAAAAAAAA